CCCUUUUUUGUUGACUAACCAAUGAAGUGUACCGUAACAAAGAUGGAAGCAAUAUGGCAGACAACAUGAACUUGGUUGUGGAGGGGCUUGUAAAGUUUCGAGACGGCAAAAAAUGGAAACCUCGUUGGUGUGUACUGAAGAAACCGUCUCCGGUAGCUGAUCGCUUACAAGUUCAGUUAUACAAAGACAUAAAAGAUGCAACAAAAGGGAACCCUCCUAAGCAGGAAUUUUACGUGGAAGGAUUUUAUGGUUUGGAAACAGUUAAGUUUGACAAGGAACCAAACGUCCUUUGUGUGGUGUGCCAGAAACAAGUGACACUAUUUGCAUUUGAAAACAGAGAACAGGUCAUACAGUUUGAAAUCAAAAUCAGAAAAGCUUUAGGAGAAGAGGAUCAAUUUGUUGUUGACAUAAAGAAAGUUCCAAAUAACAGUAAACUCCAGCCAGAUCGUGUUAGACUUUUGAUACAUGGACAAAAGUUUUGUUUUACUGCAAGUAUUCCUCCUAAAGUUUUAUGUUCUUGGCAAAUAACUGAUCUGAGGAGAUUUGGAGGUGUUGAUGGCAAGUUUGUAUUUGAAGGUGGAUCCAGGUGUACUAAAGGUGCAGGAUUACAUUGUGUGUCCAGUAAGCAGGCAGAGGAAAUAGCUGAGAUAGUCACAUUAGCUAGCCAGGGUAAAACUGCAAGCUGUAGAAAGGCAAACAAGAGGAGAUCUCAGUGUUGUGAUUCUUUUGAUUCUGGAAGCCGAGCGUUUUCUGAUUCGUUUCACAAGGAUUUUCACAGUUCUUUCAAUGAUUCACAACAUAGAUUUAUGCAUGAUAACAGAUGGCCUAAGCGAACUUCAUUCUAUUCAGAUCAUAGUUUGCACUUACGAAGUAUUGAAAAUUUGGAGCGUGAAAGAUUAAUGUCUUUAUAUGAUGUCCCACCCAACAGAAUUCGUAAAGUAGAGGGAUUCAAAUGUACAAAAAAGCAUAGCUUUAGCAGCGUAGAAAACAAAAGCCUUGAAGAAGACAAUUCACCAAGUUCAUUCGGUUCUGGGAAUACUGUUAUAUCUCGUAAAGAGGAACCAGUGCAAAGCAAUUGCAUGCCAUUGGACAAAAAUAGUGAACAAAAUGUCUCAAGUCUUAGUAUAAUCAGCUGUAACUCAGCACUCAGUUUAGCGGAGAACUGUUUAGCAGAGAACUUUGAUGAAAAUCAAAUGUAUCUUGGAUGUAAUACCAAAGUUUCUGCUAGUGCACCUGCUCUAUGUGGAUAUGGUGCUUACAUUUCUGAUCCAAGGAGUAAUCUGACAGGGUCUGUGCCAAAUAGAAUUGAUGAAGAAAUUGACAAAAUGGCUGAUUAUACCAGACGACAGGAUGCAUGGGAUCGACUGCAGGGAGAAGAAGUUAACUUACAAAGGGAAUUAUCACUAUUGGAUGAAAUAUUGGAGGGUUGUAAGGUUGAGAGCAGAAAGAAACAACAGGAAAUCAAGAGAAGAGAAAGGAAUAGACCUCCUCCAUUACCUUGUCGUUCUACAAAACCAACAAAACGACCUACAAAUAUAAAUCUCAAUCCAAGAAAUGUUUUAGAAUACAAUGAUAGCUGUUUGAGUCCAAACCUAGCUAGUAAACUUAACAAAAUACCUCCUUGUUCAAAACUGUCAGCACCGCUACCAUAUGUGAACUUAGAAAAAUAUGAUAUCGGAGAUAUCGACAAAAGUCAUGUCUACGUUCCCGCUGGUAUACCUCCUAAAGAUAUCGGUAACUGGAGUGCUCCAUGUUUUAGAUCUGGAAGUUUUGAUAAUAUGAAUAACAAGUUAGCGAACAAGGAGAAUCGUAAUAGUAUUUCAAGGAGGAGUUCAAAUAGUAGUGACUGUCUUCAAAAUUUGCAUAAUACUGAAGAUUUUAAAAUGCCUUUGAGGGAAAAUAUUUAUGCCAAUGAAAUUCCAUUAGAAAAUAAAGAUAAUGUGCCACCUAAAUUACCACCAAAGGGACCAAAACUGAAAAGACAAAAUCCAGAAGAUAUUCCGCCACCACUGCCAACUAGACGUCGUAUAAGCGAUGCACAAUAUCAAAAUUCCUUAGAUUUUCCGCCAAAACAAGAACCUACGGAAUUAAUACGAGAAGAAAAUUACCUGAUGAUGGGUAACUUUGCAAAAGAACCAAAUGCAGGAAAGUUACAGGAAGAAUUGGAUUGUGAACUUAUGGUAAAAUUACCAACAAGGAAAUCAAAACCUAAGAGGGACCCACCUAAACCACCUCAGGAUAAUAACUCUGGGGAUCCUUCCAGUUGUUACAUUGACAUGGCUGGACAAUUUCUACCAGAACCAAAAAAGGAGCCUGCCUAUCAAAACUUAGAUACAAAACCCCCACUAUAUUUCAGAUCAAAUAGUACAUCUGCCAUUGCAGAUCGUAAAGUCUUCCCACCAAAUUUCAAUAAUUCAUUCAGUGGAACAACUGAAGUGAGUACAAAAGGACUUGUAAGGGAAGAAAACUAUUUACUGAUGUCAGCUUUUAAAACACCUCCGAAAUGUUCAUCGGAAAGUUCAAUUUCGAGUCAAAAUACAGAAGACAUGAGAAAUGAGUUAAUACUUGCAAAGGAAUCAUCAGAUUCUUUAAGCAGUAGUGAAAGUUCAGAGGCCAAAGGUCAAAAUACAGAACGAAAAUCUUCAAUUAUACCUUUUCCAAAUCUGAUCAAUUUUCAAAAGCAUAAUGUGAUAAAAUCAGCAAAAACACAAGAAAAACAAACUCCUCAAAGAACAUCAUCAGAAAAACUGCAUAGUGAAGGUGGCAAAAGUCCAGGUUUUCUUUCACGUCUCAUUAGAAGGAAUUCCGGCAAUAGGAAGAGCAUGUCUCAAAGUCAGGAAAACUUACUAGCGUCAAGUUCAAGUGAAAGUUGUUUGGAACGUGUUCACAAUACAAGAUCUCAAAAUAAAGAUGCAAUAUCUAUUUCAAGUGGUUCUUCUCCAAGCAAUAGCCGUAGGGCCAGUCAACAGGAUAUUUCUAUCAUUGAAAGACGGAGAUCGUCAAGUUUUCCAAAUCGCUCAAGUUUUUUAGACAUGUUACCUCAGGGUAGUAGUGAAGAGAAAAGGGCACAUCACGAAUCUCAGGAGUCGUUUGUAUCUACUGUUUCUAUGGACGACCAAAUGCAGUUGAUCGUUUCUGAAGAAAUGCCUUGUUCUUUGGAAGUAGACGGUUGUAGCAAUGGAUCUGAAAAAUCCAAGCAAUAUUACAUGGGACCAUGUCAAAAUAACGAAGAAGAGAAGAAGCGUCCUGAAAUCCGUAAAAAAGUUAGUGAUUUUCCCUCACCGAAAACUUCUUUGAAAUUUAAUAAAAAUAAUGUGAAUAAUGUUUAUACUGUUAGACACGUUAGAAGGACAACAUAUGAAUAUGAGAAACCCGAAAAUACUAGUAAAACAGAUGAUGAAAAAUUAAUCGAGUUAUUGACACGUGAUAAAAACAAAAUUGGCUCAGAUGAUUGCGAUUCUCUAAAAUUAUCUGUUGACUGUAAACAGGAACAAGACGGUAGUCCUGUAAAACUACAAAAACAGUCUCCUGCAGAGGAGGCAGCAGCCAUUGCUCGCUUAGUAACAUCACUACCACCUUUCAUACCUCCAAAAAUGAAAACUAAUCCAUGCUCUCUUUCACCUGUGCUAGAAAGUGCUCCAUAUACCCCAUCAUCCAGAAGUACUCUACCGAGUAAUCUUACAGAUACAUGGAGAUCCAGUCAAAGUUUUAAAUCCUUUCAUUCAGAGAGUAUGAGCAAUAGGCGUUUGCCAUCACAUUCUGAAAUUACUAGUGCAAUGCUGAAAAUUGUUGACAACAAUCAAGGAAAAGAUUUGUCUGUGUGGGUUAAAAAGUCCAGUGAUUCAGGUAAAACUGAAUCAGUAGAAGAACAAGAAGAGAAGUUUAAGGCAAUUGUAAUAGAAGUUGAUGAAACACAACAUGAGGACGAUACAAUGUCGCUGUCUUCGCAAGAGAGUAGUUUGGAUGAUGGAACCAGGAGCAGCCCUGCUUCAACCAUUCUGAGGCCCAGAUCAGGGAAGGAAUACAAAAUGAUAGAAAGAAUUUACACGGGUACAGAUAGCUUUACAACUAGUCCAGUACCAACACCAACUUCCCCCUCUGGAACCUCGGUAUUUACAUUUGACAAUUUUUCUGCCUCCCCUUCGACACAGAGCAUUUAUAGUCAUGAUAAGGAAUCUCUUGCUACUUCAAAAGGAUCUCGACAUGAUGAUAAUCCGCCAAAAGUGCCUGACCGAGUUAGUCCAUACAGGGCAUAUGUAAAUAUAACCCCACCUGCUUCACCUUUGAAAAAUAGCAUCACCACAUUGCAAUCGGAAAGUGAAAGGCAAUUGAUCUAUGCAGAAAUUGACUUGACUCUACCAACAAAAACAAGUCGUAAAACCAGAAAGCCAUCAAUGAAAUCUCAGAGAUCUUUAGGAAACAAUGUUGAAUAUGCUUUAAUUGAUAUGGAAGCAACACAAGCAAUACAGAGUGCUGGACGUGAACAUGCCCGAACACGAGAGGAUAGUUCUAGUCUCAGGAGGGUUGAUCGGAAGGCUUCAUUGUCGAGCUUUAGAGAUCGAAAGGCCUCUGCUAGUUCUCCAUCUCCGACAUUCAGAGAGAGAAAAUACAGCUCAUCAUCGUCAGAUUCAGGUCAUGGGGAAUAAUACUGUUACAACAAUAGUUGUUUUGUUUUGUGUGCUAUUUAAAACCACUAUGAUCGAUCUGCUGAUAUCCAUAUAUAUAUAAAUCAGUGCUUCCAUUGUCUUGUCCAAUGUUUUUGAAAUCAUCAUUGUUCAUAUUGUUAUUAAGUUUUUCUAGUCUUAUAUCCUAUGAAAUGUCUUUGGGACCAAAUUGGACCAAUUUGGAGUUUACUGUCAUUAAUUUAUAUUAUGUUUUAUAUCUAGGCCAAGGUUGAAUAUACUUAUGGUUCUUAUUAUAUCUCCUUUAACAUAUCAUUUUAAAAAUGAUAAAAAAGAUAACUGUAGAUGUUUUUUAAAGGGUCCAAGUAUAGAAAAGUUUAUUUUUUCCUCUUACAAAUAAGAAGGUAUUUAAAAUUUCAUUUACACCCACCUUAUGCUUUUUCACAGAAUGUUUAAUAUUUUACAACUUGGCCAUAUAAGAAUGCAGGGAGAAAUUUAAAGUUUCUGUUGAGUUAUAAUUUUUUUUAACUUAUUUUUCAUAGAGAGAGUGUUAUGCUUCUUAAACAAAGUAUCAUUUUGAAAAAAACGAUAAUGAUGUAUUUGCAUAGUUUGCUAAUCAAAAUUGUAUGUUAAGGAUUGAAAUACCUUACACAUAAGGGAUACAAUUAAAAUACUGUUUGAUCUCUGAAGUAAAUCAAUAGGACAGUUAUGGAGCGGGGAGGGAAAUGCAUUAAUCUGAUUGAAAUACAUAUCUGUGUCCUCACUUUGCUUACAAAUAUCAGACAAACAUUUUAAUCCUUGGAUCCUCAGAUUUUGUCAUAAUAAUAAUCAAUAAUCUAUGCUCAAAAUUUAGGAGACAUAAAUUUCAUUGUUUGAAACAUUUGAGAAAAUAAGCUAAAAGGAGUUUUGUUAAACCCCUGUGAGCAAAUCAUGGCCAUAAUAUCUAUUUAAACAGGUUUUAAGAUGUAUGGUAUAACGAUAGAUAGAAAAUCCCAUCUUGUCAAAUCCCAUUUAAACAUGUUUUAAGAUGUAAGGAAUAUAACGAUAGAUAGAAAAUCCCAUCUUGUCAAAUCCCAUAGGUUUACACCUCUUUGUUUAUACAUAAUGUAAAACUGUUAUAUUAAAUACGUUUCUGUACAACGAAAUAUGAUUAUGCAUGGUGUGUAGUGAUAUAUAAGCUACAUAGCAUUUAACUGGUGCUUAGGUCACUCAAAAAUAUUUCUAGUAUGCACAAAAGAAAGGGCAUUUGCCUAUUUUUUUCAAUUAAUGUGUUUUGUAUGGACAAAUUUUUUAUCCAGAAAUUUACAUGAUAUUUGCAUAUUACUUUAAAUCUUGUUCAGCUACAUGUACUAGAUUGUAAUAUUUUCAAUUUUUUUUUGAAAUUUUUUACCUUAGCUUAAUGAAAACAAUUAUGGAAAAAGAACUAGGAAUCAUAUUUGUGUGGCCUAAAAAUAUAGUAUAGGUUGUUUUAUGUUAUCAAAUAUCUGAAUAUUUUGAAAUUUUAUAUAUAUAUAUUUUAAUGGUUUUUAUAUUCAUACUACAAAUGUUUUUCAGUAGGAAAAAAUAGUACCAGGGAACAAUAAAUUUAAACCAGUGUUAUAUUAGAAACCUGUGGUUGUGUUUUAUAUUUUCAAAUACAUGCUCAUUAAUUUAUUUUUGUAAUCAGAAAACCGCAUUUCAAAUUGUGCUUUAAAAACUUGUUUAUGAUGUAGAAUUUCUUGCAGGAAGAAUUGAUAUUUGGAUUAUUUAUAAGCAGAGACUUUAGACUUAAGUUUGAU